AUGGAAAUUAUUUCAUCCAAACGAUUCAUUUUACUGACUUUGGCUACUUCAAGCUUGUUCACAACCAAUGUCUUCAGUGGAGGUGAUUUCACCAUAUCCAAUCUUCAUAGCAAAGAAAAUUAUAACAAAUAUUCUGAGUCUACAGGAGACCCCAAAAGGGAAAAGGAAAGAAGCCUCAAUUUUGAAGAAUUGAAAGAUUGGGGGCCAAAAAAUAUCAUUAAGAUGAGUACACUGGCAGUCAACAAAAUGCCACACUCGGUCACCAACUUGCCAUUGAGGUUUGGAAGAACCAUGGAAGCACAAAGUCCUAGGCCAAUGGCCAUCUUGCCUCUGAGGUUUGGAAGAAAUAUGAGAGGAAGCAUCUUGAGACGUGUUCCUAAUCUGCCCCAAAGGUUUGGGAGAACAACAGCUAAAAGUGUCACUAGGACACUGAGUGGUUUAAUCCAACAAUCCAUGGAUUCACCAUCUGUCAGUGAGUUACUUUACUCCCUGAGCUGUCAGCCCCAAGAAAUCCAGAAUCCUGACCAAACACACCCAAGGAGUCUGGGAACUGAAAUGAGAAAAAUAAGAAAUCUGAAGCCCACCCCUGAAGAUGACAGAAAGCUGUGA